UUAGACGUUGCACAGCAUCAUUCGCAACACGGAAGUAGUGCCUAUCAGAGAGUCAAAAGACGUGUUAUUGUCAUAAUUAUUACUUUAUUGGUGGAUUUAAUUGACACAUUUCAUUAUGGAAGACCAAGAAAUGCAGCUCAAAGUCAGACGAGUGAGUGACAAGUUCACGGAGAGCAUGUACGUCCUGGCUAACGAACCGUCCGUGGCGCUGUACAGACUGCAGGAGCACGUUAGGAGGUCCUUGCCAGAGCUGGUGCAACAUAAGACCGACAUGCAGAGCUGGGAGGAGCAGAGUCAAGGAGCCAUCUACUCGGUUGAAUAUGCAUGCAGUGCCGUAAGAGGCAUGGCCAACAGCGGCAUGUAUUUCAAAAACAUCGACAGCCUCCUGCGACAAGCCAUCAGCUUGAAGGAGCAGAUCAGCGGCUCUCAAGGACGCAGUCCCCUUGUUGCUGCUUCACAUCCCUCAACAGCCUCAUCUUCCUCAUGACAGAGCUUUGUGCAAGAAAGAGGGCGGUGGAUUCGGGUAUGCAGAGGGAUGCUACCGAGAGGCACAACUCUGGAAUGUGACCGCUUCCCAGAAUUUUGUCAUUUUGUGCCCCUUGAUUGACAUGCGGCGGUAAAGGUCCUAAUCCCAAUUCGCAACCAAGUGCACCCCCCAAGCACAAGCUGCUCAGUGGAACAGAGCAGCCCAGCUCUGCCAGGUUCGGCUUUAAAAAAAAAAAAACUUAAGUCACGGAUGCUGCUCAAAGGCUGCAUUGUUCUCGUGGGCUCGAUGGACAAGAACAAGCGGUGCUCUUUCUCUGCUCUUGACUUCCCUGCCAACAUUUUGGACAUUAGAAGCUGUUUUGUUGGUAAUCACAGUUUGGUGCACACCACGGUGGGACAAAUGAUCAAUAUUGUAAUUUAUCGUUAGCAAAUGUCAAUUAACAGCGAUGUUUCAUAUCCAUCUUAAGAGCUGAAUGAUUUCAAAAUAACUCGAAGAUUGCAAAUGCCUUUAAAUGUGAUUUUUUUUUUUUUCAGGUUAGGUUUAUGACCAAAAUAAAAGCCAAUAAACCAUCAA